CCUCGCUAACAUUCUUUACACUACGUACCUUCUUUUGUCCGCCUCUGUUCUUACUGUCUUCGAAAUAGUGCCGUUUCCUUUGUGCUACAAUGAUCCAAGACAUCGGAGGCCCGGUCCCUCCUCACACUGAUCACGCAGUCAGUGUAUCCCUUCCAACAUGGAAAGCGAAUGUUGCAUACGAGGAAGGAGAGUCAUGGGUUGUGAAUAAGAUGCAAUGCGGUUAUCCUCGGUUCUUUAUACACCCCAUCAUACAGGAUCUGGCGAGGGAGAUCGUACGUCGCUAUGGAAGCCCAGAAUUGGAAACGGCUAUACUAUUCCCUUCCCUCAAAACAUCAGGGGUCUGCUAUUCAUUUCUCAAAUCGAAAAUACAAGCCGAGGAUCCCUGCAAUGUCCGGACAAUGGAUUUUGCCCUUCCCAUUCAGGGCGAAGACGCGCCGUCUGGUACGGACUUGAUACUAUCGUGUGUGAUAUAUCCCAUCCAAUACGCGCCAAUCGCCAAGCAGGUCUGGCAACAUACAGGAAAUGGAAUCUCAAGUAGACGUGCUGAGUUCUGCCUAAACGCUUUAAGGGAUGGGUUUCUCGUGGAAAGGAAACCUGUAGCUCAAACUAUUGCAUCGCCACGGUUUUUCAAGGGGCCCAGGAGGUAUCAGGGUCGAGAGUCCAUAAGUGGAAAGUCUCAGGGAAGUGGGACGCACGCACGCGACAGUACUACAGGUACAAUUACGACAACCAGCAGCAUGCAAGAUGGCCGCGAACAUGUCCAGUUCAUUGAAGAACGAUUCGGUCGGAAUCUAAGCACCUCGCUGGCCGGUCAGGCAAGGCUGGCUGUACGGCGACGCAUUGCGGGCGUUUUGACAGCCGAUGUGGAGCUUGACGAGGCCCUUGAAGAAGAGUCAGGAGAAGGACGUGUCGCGGGGCUGACAGAGUCCGAUGUUUUUCUCUUUCCGACCGGCAUGAGUUCCAUCUUCAACGCUCAUCAGAUGUUGAUGGUUGCGAAGGGAGAGAUGAAGAGCAUCUGCUUUGGAUUUCCCUACACCGACACCCUAAAGAUACUUCAAAAAUGGGGCCCGGGCUGUUUGUUCUAUGGUCAUGGCUCUUCGGAGGAUCUUGAUGACCUGGAGUCAAGGCUACUGAAAGGAGAGAGAUUCCUCGCUCUAUUCACUGAGUUUCCGGGCAAUCCGUUACUGAAAGCCCCUGAUUUGAAGAGGAUCCGAUCACUCGCCGACAGGUAUAAUUUCGCUGUUGUAGUAGAUGAGACGGUUGGGAAUUUCCUCAACAUCAAUGUGCUUUCCUAUGCAGAUAUUGUGGUAAGCAGCUUGACCAAGAUCUUCAGUGGUGACAGUAAUGUUAUGGGAGGGAGUGCAGUACUUAACCCCAAUGGGCAUCAUUACGGUUCUCUAAGAAAUAUAUUUGCACGCGAAUAUGAGGACAAUCUUUGGGCAGAAGAUGCCGUGUUCCUCGAAAGGAAUAGCCGCGAUUUCAUAUCCAGAAUUGAUAAGAUCAAUAAGACUACGGAAGACAUCACAGCGAUGUUGGAGGACUCUCCACUCGUGAAAAAGGUUUACUAUCCGAAGUACAACUCUUCAAGACCCUUGUAUGAAGCAUUUCGCAACAAAAAUGGAGGAUAUGGCGGUCUAUUUUCGGUUACAUUUCAUUCAACGGCAGCGGCAGUUGCUUUCUUUGAUCAACUCGAAGUACUCAAAGGACCUAGUCUCGGUACUAAUUUUACCCUGAGUUGCCCUUACACUCUGUUGGCGCACUAUAGUGAACUAGAAUGGGCAAGCUCAUUUGGUGUCGACUUUGACCUAGUAAGGAUAAGUGUCGGCUUAGAAGAUGUUUCGGAUCUUCGCCAGCGAUUUCAGCAGGCCUUGAAUGCUGUCGCUGAAGUAAACACAUAAUGCAGGCUUCCUGGAAAGAGCGUUUAUAGACUUACGAAAGCAUGCAUCAUAUGACCUACAUAACAUGCGACUUUCGAAACCAUAGCUCUUUGGGUGACUACAUAUCUAGUGGACUGCCUGGUAGCUUGGUGAAAGAAAGUACUGAACUUCCAAGGGCCUAUCAUAGCCAAUUAGCCAUGGCUUGAGGUUCCAGAAAUUAGCCCAGUACCGCGAUGAAUAUUUGCUCUAUUAACUUUUCACUCGUGUUCCACUUAUCUAUGAAGCCAAUAACGACUUUCCGAGUGUUGUAUCUGUGGACCCUUAGACUAGAGACCCUUUGACAACCAAAUACAAAUAUUAAGG